AUGACCAAUAGAAUCAGACACUUAGCUACAUCUGCAUGCAAAAGGAAUGUGGUUCUGGUUGAGGCUUUCUUUCCUUUAUUAGUAAAGGGGGCGCAUGACGUUCGCGGAGUCUGUGCCUUCCGUACCACCACAAGACUGGUCGGAGGAAAGCGUUUAUGGAGCUUCAUGUAUCAGCCCGCUGUCCUUCUGUCUCUGAUCCCCAAUAUGAAUGAGACCAAGAUGGCUGACUGGAGUUCCACAAAUCAGCUGGUCAUGUCAUGGCUUCUCAGUGCAAUUGAGCCUACAAUUGCUACCAGUCUUAUGUUUAUGGCAUCGGCUAAACAGGGGGAUAUGACUGUUGCUAAGUACUAUACUCAACUUAAGACCAUAUGGAAAGAGAUCUUUAUAUCAACAAGUUCUUUCCUGCACUUGUGA